AUGGUCCCACCAAAUGGAAUGAACAGCAGUGCCACAUUCACCCUCUCUGGCUUCUCAGAUUACCCAGAAUUGCAAGUUCCCCUCUUCUUGAUAUUUCUUACCAUCUACAGCAUCACGGUGGUAGGGAAUAUCGGCAUGAUCCUCAUAAUCAGAAUUAACCCCAAACUGCACACCCCCAUGUACUUCUUCCUCAGACACCUCUCCUUUGUGGAUUUCUGCUACUCCUCCAUCAUUGCUCUCAAGAUGUUGGUGAACCUACUUGCAAAAGACAGAACCAUUUCCUUUUUAGAGUGUAUAAUACAGUACUUUUUAUUUUGUACUUUUGUGGUAACUGAAGCGUUUUUAUUGGUGGUGAUGGCCUAUGAUAGGUUUGUGGCCAUCUGUAACCCCUUGCUCUACACAGUAACCAUGUCCCAGAAGCUCUGUCUCACUCUGGUGGUGGGAUCCUAUGCAUGGGGCUUCACGUGCUCUGUGACACUGACAUGUUCUCUUGCACAAUUGUCUUUUGUUGGUGUCAACACAAUUGACCACUUCUUCUGUGAAUUUUCUUCUUUGCUCGCCCUCUCUUGUUCUAACACACAAGAGACCCAGCUACUGCUAUUCAUUUUUACCACAUUUAAUGCGGUCAGCACACUCCUGCUCAUUCUCUUGUCUUACCUGUUCAUUGUUGUCACCAUUUUGAGGAUGAAUUCAGCCAGUGGACGCCGCAAAGCCUUCUCCACCUGUGCCUCCCACCUGACAGCUAUCACCAUCUUCCAUGGUACCAUUCUGUUCCUCUUCUGUGUGCCCAACUCCAAGAACUCCAGGCUCACAGUCAAAGUGGUUUCUGUGUUUUACACACUCAUUAUCCCCAUGUUGAACCCCCUGAUCUACAGUCUGAGGAAUAAAGAUGUUAAAGACACUAUCAUCAAAGUAAUGACCAUGAUUCCCUGUUACAGAUGUAGUUGUAGUUAUAUAUAG